GGCGGCGGCGAUGGCGGCGGUGGCGGGCGGUGCGUGAGAGCUCCCGCGGCGCCCGGCCCCGGCGGGAUGUGCGAGACCUAUUCCCGCUGGCUGCUGCGGGUGUCGGUGGCGCAGAUCUGCCAGGCCCUCGGCUGGGACUCCGUGCAGGUCUCGGCCUGCGACCUGCUCACCGACGUGCUGCAGCGGUACCUGCAGGGGCUGGGCCGGGGUUGCCACCGCUACUGCGAGCUCUAUGGCCGCACAGAUCCGAUUUUGGAUGACGUAGGCGAUGCCUUCAAGCUUAUGGGGGUUAACCUGCAUGAGCUGGAAGAUUACAUCCACAAUAUUGAACCUGUCACUUUUGCACAUCAAAUCCCUUCGUUCCCUGUCAGCAAGAACAAUGUCCUCCAGUUCCCCCAGCUGGGAAGUAAGGAUGCAGAGGAGAGGAAGGAGUACAUCCCUGAUUACCUGCCACCUAUUGUCUCCUCUCAGGAAGAGGAGGAAGAGGAGCAGGUUCCUACCGAUGGAGGUACAUCUGCAGAGGCCAUGCAGGUCCCACUGGAAGAAGAAGGAGAUAUGGAAGAGGAUGAGGCAAUUAAUGAUGAGAACUACUUGAGCAAGAGACCAUUAGAAAGUCCCGAUCCUGAGGAAUUCCCACCUGUGAAAAGGCCAAAACUGUCUGUUUCCAAAGGGGAUGCCUUGGAUGGAACUGUGGAACAACGUGAGCCUCUUAGCUCAAUAAAUACACAAAAAGUCCCACCAAUGCUUUCUCCAGUUCACGUUCAGGACAGUGCAGACCUUGCCCCCCCUUCUCCGGAACCACCAAUGUUGGCUCCCAUUGCAAAACCCCAAGUGCCCACCCCCAAACCUUUAGAGGCAAAGCCGUUCGUACCCAAAACAAAGUCCAAAACAAGUUCUCCAGGACAAAAGACAAAAUCACCGAAAACUACACCCUCACCCGUGGUAGCUGGGAGUCCCAUUCGUUCACCAAAACCUGGAUCCAAAGAAAAGAAGUCACCGGGUCGCGCCAAGAGCCCAAAAAGUCCCAAAAGCCCAAAGGUUCCUGCUCACGUUCCACAACCACCUGUGAAGCCUGAACCACUGAGUAGACCCCCUCUGGCUGCCUUGAGUGAGAAGAUAGGAAAGGAAAACAUCCAAGUGAAACAGGCACAGACACCACCCGAGCCUGCCCCCAAGCCAAAUCUGGACAACCAGGUGAAGAAAGUGCCGGUCAUGGACAAGACCAUCGAUGAUUCAAUCGAUGCCGUGAUCGCUCGGGCGUGUGCAGAGCGAGAGCCGGACCCCUUCGAGUUCUCCUCUGGCUCUGAAUCAGAAGGGGAAAUUUUUACCAGCCCUAAAAGACUUUCUAUUUCAGAGUCUACAACUCCUAAACCUUCUGUUCCUGCCAAUAAUGCAAAUAAGGCAGGAGCAACUCCAAUACCUGCCUCAGGUGGGACCUCAAGUUCAGACAUUUCAUGGACAAUGGAUGACUCAAUUGAUGAGGUCAUUCGGAAGGCAAACAUGGGGACACCUUCUAAUCCACCUACCAACUUCACUUAUUUCUCCUCUCCUUCUGCUUCACCUCCAACUCCAGAGCCUCUUCUCAAAGUCUAUGAGGAGAAAACCAAGCUGGCUUCAUCAACAGAAGUGAAAAAGAAAUUGAAAAAAGAGCUGAAAACUAAAAUGAAGAAGAAAGAAAAACAAAAGGAAAAAGAUAAAGAGAAGAACAAGGAGAAAAAUAAGGAGAAGGAAAAGAACAAGGAGAAAGAUAAAGACAAGGAAGGAAACAAGGAAGCAAAGUUUCAGUGGAAGGAACUGCUCAAAGAGGAGGAUCCUGAUCCGUAUAAAUUCAAACUAAAGGACUUUGAGGAUGCUGACACAAAAGUAAAGUUGAAAGAUGGCAAUACCAAAAAAGAGAGAGAAAAACAUAAAGAUAAAAAGAAAGAGAAAGAGAAAGGCAAAAAGGACAAGGAUAAAAAAGACAAAGAGAAACUCAAAGAUAAGGGUAAGGAAGAUAAGAUAAAGGUGCCAUCAGCACCUCUUGUGUUACCUCCCAAAGAAAUGUCUAUGCCCUUGUUCAGCACACCAUCUGCCAUGAGGCUUCCCAGCAUGUUACCUUCCUUGUCUCCCAUGCUACCUGAAAAACUAUUUGAGGACAAAGAGAAACCUAAAGAGAAGAAGAAGGACAAAAAAGAGAAGAAGAAAAAGAAAGAAAGGGAGAAGGACAAAGAAAAGGAAAAGAAGGAGAAGGAAAAGGAGAGGAAAGAAAGAGAAAAGAAAGAGAAGGAAAAGGAGAAACACAAACAUGAAAAGAUAAAGGUGGAACCAGUUGUUCCAGCUCCAUCUCCGGUUAUUCCCCGGCUGACUUUAAGAGUGGGCGCAGGCCAAGACAAGAUAGUCAUCAGCAAAGUGGUGUCAGCUCCAGAGGCCAAAGCUUCCACUCCGGCAGCACGGCCCAAAACGCCUCCGCCUGUGCCGUCACCGGUGCCAGCUCCUGUUCAUGUCACCCCUCCUCCAGCUCCAGCUCCUCCUCCUCCACAGGCCACCAUCUCUCCUGUCCUCAUCCCACCACCCUCCCCGGCCGUGUCAGCAGCUGGGGGCUCCAAAGCUCCCGUUCGGAGCGUGGUGACCGAGACCGUCAGUACUUACGUGAUCCGAGACGAGUGGGGUAACCAGAUCUGGAUCUGUCCUGGCUGUAACAAGCCAGAUGAUGGCAGUCCAAUGAUAGGUUGUGAUGACUGCGAUGAUUGGUAUCACUGGCCUUGCGUUGGGCUUACGGCUGCACCCCCAGAAGAGAUGCAGUGGUUCUGCUCCAAGUGUGCCAACAAAAGGAAGGAUAAAAAACACAAGAAGAGGAAGCACAGGGCACACUGAAGGCUUGGCAGGGACUGAAAUCGUGCGGUCACCGCGGCACCUCCCGCCCCGACUCGGCUGCAGGAGGGAUCACCCUGCCAGGGUCGUUUGUGUCCCUGCAGUGAAUCAGGGGCGAGGAGAUGCCCUUGCUCAGGGGCUGUUGGGUUUCACAGACUGUCCGAGCCCAGGGCAUUGGAUUUUGGUACAUUCUGAUGCUGUUUCUUCCCCCUGGCAAGGGGAGUUUGCACAGAGCGCCGUGAAGGCUUCGGUGGUUCCCGGGACCGCUCCGCUCCUGUGGCUCGGCAGCAACGCAGAUGAAUGUUGUAAAUACAGAUAUCUGUCCUAUUCUUUCUCGAUUUGUUAUUAAUCCCUCUGAAACCUUUGCAGUAAGGUGCUGAGAGGAGGAGAAAAUGUAAAUUGCAGUAAGUUGUAAACUGAGACAACCUUCUGGAAUGAUUUCUGUAGUCUGGAUACAGUUCAGCCUCGACUCUUGCUGAGCCAGAUAAUCAUAAUGUGGAAAUAAAAAGUGGCUGGUAAAUAUUUUUGUGAUGAGAAUAUAUGAAGCUUUUUUCCUUGAUUUUUAGUACUAACAUAAAAUAAACAUGUUCAAGCUUUUGUGAUAUAUCUUCUAUUUUUUAAAAAGAAAA